AUGGUUUACAUUGCAUCUGUUUAUGGAGAAUGGGUGAUAAAGGACAAUUUGUCUUGGCAUUUUGAGGUUGAUUAUCGGAAAGGAGGUAGAAUGUUCUCGUUGAGGGAUGGAUGUACACAUGAUGAGCUUAUUCAAAUGGCUUUAGAGGAUUAUUCGCUAACCAAGAUCGGACACCGUUUGGAAAUAUCAUAUCCAUUACCAGAAGUGUUCACUCAGCAAACGUGUAAUGAUUCUCCGCCCAUGAAGGAUGAAGACAACGUAGAUGGACCUUUGGAUGAAGACUUAGAUGAAAAUCUGGAUGAUGAGUUGAAGGAAGAGUUCGAUGAAGAGUUGGAUGAAGAUUGGAGCGCAGAACGAGAAGAAGUGUCUGAAGAGUCGGGUUGUGAUGAGGAUGAUGUAAGGGAAAAAGCUUAUGAAGGCGAUGAUGACACACACGCGGACUACAGUCAGUAUGGGAAAAUUAAAGAUGAAGACGUUGUCAUUGAUGUUCCUUUCGAUGAUCCCCGCCUUUUAGGGCGUGGUGUGGGUCAUCGUAUAGGAAUUGAUAAUUGGGAAGACAAUAUUUACGAGCACCAGAGCUUUGAUACCAAGGCCCAACUUAUCUCUGAGUUGCGUUUGACCGCGGUGAUGACAAGAUUCUCAUUCAGGAUAGCUGCGUCUACAAGAAAAGUGUUUGUGGCCAAAUGCAAAGUCGCUGGAUGCAAAUGGAGGCUUAGAGCGGCCGUAAAGAACGAACCCUCCACGUUUUGGGUGACAAAGUACGUGAAGUCGCAUACAUGUUCUGUUUCUGAUCGAGUACGUAACCAUAAACGUUGUACAACGAAGUAUAUUGGAAAGCUUUUUCUUGAUCGGACAGGGCUCAUUGAAGGAAUUGUGCCGCAACACAUAAGAGACUCUAUGAGGAGGAUGUUUGGAAUGAAGCUCGACUAUACGGCUUCAUAUAGAGCUUUGAAACAUGCCCAAGACUUGGUGUGGGGAACAGCUGAAGAAGGAUACGCGAAUCUGCCUUCUUACUUGCAAAGAAUCAAGGAUGCAAAUCCGGGAACUGUGACUGACCUUUAUUUGAGGAGAGUGAUUGUGGUUGAUGGGACUCAUCUUACUGGGAAAUACGGAGGAGCUCUACUCGUGGCUGCCGGACAAGACGCCAACUUUCAAAUAUUCCCGCUAGCUUUCGCAGUGGUCGAUGCUGAGGAUAGUGAAUCAUGGGAAUGGUUUUUCAACAAGCUUAGAGAUUGUUUCAGGCAACUUCCGCCAAUGGCGAUAGUCUCUGACCGUGCCGCUGCCAUAGCUAGAGCAUUGGAAUCGUUAUGCCCUGGGCAUCAAGAGGAAUAUGCUACUAUCACCUCCAAGGUAAUAUAG